CAGGAGCUGCCCAGGCACUGGUGAGCAGGGCUGUCACUCAGUGCCAGCUGACUUGGACAUAGGCUCUCUAGAGAGCGGUGGGCGGGGUUUCCACUCAACACCCUCCUGUCUCUAACUCAAAGUCUGUGAGUCACUGACUGCACAACCCAUCAAUCCCAUUAACUGCCUUGUGCAGGCAGGCAGUCAGUGAGGCUGUGCUGCCGCCGCCGCCGCCGCCGCCGCCGCCUUGGGCUUCCCUGCUCCCGGGGCACGGGCUCCUCCUGCGUCUGGGGUCCCAGCCCUCCCCGAGCGCGACUUGCUCCUGUUCUUGCUGGUGUCGGCGCCUCCUUCUCCUGUCCGCUCGCUCUCGCCGCCGCCGCCGCCGCUACAUGGCUAGCUGGUUGUACUGGCCACAUACGGUGCCAUAUCCUCCUUCACAGCUGCAGUACCAACUUCCCUCCCAGCUAGUCUCCCUCCUUGGCAGAGGCUGUACUGCAAAGUGAUGGGAUAGACUAAAGCAAAAGCCACUUCAGGACUUGGGGCGCCUGCAUUUUGGUCAUUGUCAGCCUGGAUCGUCCCUUCCCUUCUUUUUGUCAUACCCCUUUCCCUCCCCCUGCCUUUAAGGCUCUUGUUUUCUUUCGUGUUUUUCGUGCUUGCCCACCCCUCCCCUAGCUCUCCCUGCUCCCCUUUUUUUAGUUGAUUCCCUUCUGUUUCGCCUUGUCGUAUGAGCCUGGGUUGUUGAAUUCUUCUGGAAAGGAUAUAUGUUGGGGAAAGGAGGAAAGCGGAAGUUUGAUGAGCAUGAAGAUGGGCUGGAAGGCAAAGUGGUGUCUCCUACUGAUGGUCCAUCUAAGGUGUCUUACACCUUACAGCGCCAGACUAUCUUCAACAUUUCCCUUAUGAAACUUUAUAACCACAGGUCAUUAACAGAGCCAAGCUUGCAAAAGACAGUUUUAAUUAACAACAUGCUGAGGCGAAUCCAGGAGGAACUCAAACAGGAAGGUAGCUUGAGGCCCGUGUUCAUCACCACUUCACAGCCUCCGGAUCCUCUUGGAGAAAACUUCCGAGAGAUUCAGCCUGCCUUUAGCCAUCUGGCCUCUCCGCCAGUCCAUUCCACUGACUCAGCAAGCACUACACCACUGGAGUCUUGCCUCACCCCGGCCUCUCUCCUUGAGGAUGACACUUUUUGCACUUCCCAGACUAUCCCACAAGAUGGUCCUACAAAACUACCACCUCCAGCUAUCCAACCAGUAAAAGACAGUUUCUCCUCGGCCUUGGAUGAAAUUGAGGAGCUCUGUCCAACACCUACCUCCGCUGAGGCAGUACCAGCUACAGCAACAGCAGAAACAACAGCAUCCGAUAACUCUAAGGCGAACUCCAGUGAAUCCAGCAUUCAGAAAUCUGAGGGAGUACAGGAGAACAGAAUAAAUGAACCUAAACUAAUGGACUCUUUACCUGGAAAUUUUGAGAUCACAACAUCUACAGGUUUCCUUACAGACUUGACCUUGGAUGAUAUUCUCUUUGCUGACAUUGAUACUUCUAUGUAUGAUUUUGACCCUUGCACAUCUACUACUGGGGCUGCCUCAAAAAUGGCUCCUGUCUCCGCAGAUGACCUCCUAAAAACUCUGGCUCCCUACAGCACCCAGCCAGUAACCCCCAAUCAGCCUUUCAAAAUGGACCUUACAGAACUGGAUCAUAUAAUGGAGGUGCUUGUAGGGUCUUAAAUAUAGCAACUUCCCCCCUCCCCCAAUGUACCAGUAUAAACACUUGGUAGUAUUUUCACAACCUCCCCCCUCCAUACAAAUCUGUUCAGACACACACACACCCCACUGUGCAUGCAUCUUUGCUUGUCUUUUUCUAAAGAGGAUCACACUAGUUUUUGCUUCAUGCAGAGUUGGAGUGCCUUCAUCCAUGUAUGACCACUUUUAAUGUAUUUUUGAAAGUGGUUCCUCAAGGGAGACCUGAAAUCCUGAUAAUAGGAAAAGAUGCAUAUUGUAAACAAUAUUAAUAUGUUUGACAGAAAAUAAUUAUAAAAGCUAAGCACAAGGAUUAUGUUGGGGAAAAGCUGUAAAUUGCAUGUGCAUAUUUGUCUAUUUUUUCUAUAAGUUUUAUUGCAAGAGGUUAAAAUAUUAUUUAGUUAAUUGCAGUACCUUUUUGGCAUUUUAGCCCUGUCUAGGUCGACAUAGCAAUUCAGCCUUUUUAGAGGUAUUAACUAUUCCUCUUUAAAUGUUGCAUUUACAUGGCUCUUAAAAAAACUGCUACCCAAAUUUAUUUUAUAUUUUUGUACAGAUUCUGCAAUUUAUGAUACUGAGGUCUUUUCUUAAAAAAAGAAAAAGAAAAAAAGAAAAUGCUAUUUAUACUCACACAGAAAAAGGAAAUAGCUAUUUUGGUAGGAUUUGCUCACCCAGUUCCUGCACACACCUUCUGAUGUACAAGAACUGCUUGUAGUUUUAUACAGACUUGUAGUAUUUUAUAAAUGUAUAAUGGUGCAAAGAGAAAUUUGGAUCAAAUCAUUCUACAUUUGGCCUCCCUGAAUCCAGACACACAUGCUUCAAGGAAAAGGCCAAGGGCUCUUCCCUUUUAAAGUUUCACAAAUAUUUACUCCCUACUGCUAACUACUGUGAUUUAACAAAAACCUUAGAGCCAUGUAUAUAUUCCAACACUGAUGUCAAACAGUUGGCAGGAAAUAGCUGUGAAACUUCAUUCUUAUUAAACUCCCUUCUCCUUCCUCCCUGCCCCACCCCAAAAAGGGUUAAGGGUACAUUUUUUAAAAAUAAUGAAUCAGAGCCUUUUAAAAAUAAAAAAUAAAAAAGUUGAAAACCUGACUUCAGCCACUAUCCAACAGAAAGUUAAGCAUUCUUAACCUCAUUGGCUUGGAAAGGCCCAUUGCUAUGAGCUCAACACUCCUUACCAGUCAUGGAGCAAAAGGUUAGGAUCCAAGCCAUAGAAAUUAACAGCUUAACUCUGUGUUGGAUUAUAGCCAUUGUAUUUGCAUCUACUUUUAGUGUCAUGAUUUAGUAAGUUGCAAUUGGUUUUAAAUGAAAACCUACCUACAAUGUGUCUGUAACUUUUUUUUUUCUUUAAAGGAUUUUUUUCUUCUUUUUGCCUGCAUACUAGCUAUGCUUACUUGAAAGUAAGUUGCAUUGAAGUCAGUGGAGCUUCCUUCCAUGGAAAUGUGUUUUUGGGUCUAGGGGGAAAAUAUUUUCUGCCCCUCUAAUGGUGUAAUGCUAAUAUACCUUAUUCCUUUGAAUUAGUCUUACCUUCCCCUUUUCUUGGAACAUAUUAUUAUUCACUGUGUUGAGAAGUGCUGGGGGGAAAAGCAAAUACAGUAUUACUGCAGUAAAAUCAUCUCUUAUCAGUACUGGAUGGACUCACUCAAAUAUCCAUUGCUGUCAAAACUGGAGCCGGCCAUGUUAUGAACACUUGGUAUCUUCUCUAGGGUUGGUGUCUUGAACUGACUAUAUUACCUGCUUUUCGCUUUACAAGGCCUGUUUUACAAUGAAUAGACAACUGCAACUCUAUGCAUGUCUGCUUCCCAAAGCAGUCUUCUCAUUACUGCACCUAUUGCAAUUCCCCCCCCUCUGUUUUCAUUGUGAUGUACAUUUACUUUAAAGAAAACUUGCAAUGUUAUCUAUCAUGCCUGUUGCUGAAAUUGCUAUGGCAUAUUAAUUUUAAAUGGUACUUAAUUGAGUGCAGGUUACAAACUAUAUUGUUGAUAUGCAUAUGGCUUCUUUAGGAAUAACUUUUAUAUUUAUUUAAGAAUUUUAAAUUAUGUUUUAUGUAAUUUGGCAAUAUUCAGUCAGUUCUGCUCACUUCUGGUCAUGGAUAAAAAAAUUGGGUCUUGCCUGCCUUUAAGAAGGCAGCUUUGUAAAACUGGCACUUUAGAACAGGCUAUAUCUAUUUAUUUCUAAUGAAUAUAAUGUGUUAUGUACACACAGUUCCUCAUUCCGCUACAUACCAACUUGGCAAUUAGAGAAUUGGUUGUCCCUACUAACGCAUCAUGCGUAAUUAUCAAUUAAAUCCUAAUCAGUCCACCUGUUUAAUAUUUAAUAUUUUGAAGAGUCGUUCUCACUCCAUGUGAAAUAACUGUUUGAAGUUUACUUCAAACAAGUUGCCUUGUUUCUGCUUUGCUACUCCGGAAAGCACCAUGUAUACAGCUAGUCAUGUAUAAAGCAUAAUGAUAAAAUAGCCUGUCACAUAAAACCUUGUAGUGGUGGAAUCCAGCCUUGCUAAUAGCGCCACAAAAGUUACUAGCACACAGCAAUUUUUACUAACCCAUUGACCCACCGAUCCCUGUACUCGCUUCCAAGUUAAAAAUCCUUCUCUGUGAGAUUAAGUUGGAAGUGAUGCUUAUAUGCCCCAGGCUACCAACCGAGUUGCUAGUUACAAACGUGGGUACAGAUACUGAAGAAUAGAGAGUACUUACCUGCAAUGCCAAGUAACAUCAGGCUAUUGCAUAGGCAUAGUCAACAAGUGUUACACUUAUCCCAAACAUCUCUUUGCUGGUGCAAUAUUAGGUUCAGGCUAAAAUCCAUACAGUUACAAGGAUCAUUUAGAAAAAUAACAGAGUGAAAAAACUAUGCUUUACCAUUGUUAAAAUCUGCUUUUACACUAACUUAGAAACAACUGCCCUCUUCUUAGGACUAGCUGAGUAUUUAAACAAGUACCAUAUGUUGGGCAAGAGUUCAAAUUAACAUCAUUUUAGAGGAAAGCAGUAAGCUGUUUUUCAAAAACUAACCCUUACCGUGCACAGAAAAUCCAUUUGAAACUUUUGUAGCUGAAGCUGGUCUUGGAACAUAAUUUGGUGCAAAUUGGUGGUAUAUGAGACCAGGAAAUGCAAUUGUCCUAUAGAAUUUUGUAUCAAAAUGACCAAGUGCUUUUUAUUUUGCAUUUUAGCCCUGGAAAAUAUGAACUGAAAUAACUUGCUCUUGGGUAGCUUUCUCCCUAGUGCAACCUCACCUCUGGGUUAGAUUUUAAGAGGUAAAGAUUUCUCUUCUGGCCUGCCCCCCCCCAAGGUAUAAUUACUGGGGGAAUUUUAUUUAGACUCACGUGCAAUGAAGUGACAAGAAGAGAGCAGAAUUAGAAAGAGCUUUUUGAAUUUGAAGUUACUUUGUUACUUUGUUAAUUUGUUAAUUUGAAGUGAUUUUUUUUCUAUUUCGUUUUUCAUAAAUUAUUUAUUCCUUUUUAUUUUUCCUUUUGUAAAUAUAUUUAUUUUAUUGUGAGGCUAACAACAUAUGGAUUGUAACAUGUGCAGAAUGUAUGGUAGGAAUGUGUUCUCUUGUAGGAAUGUAAAUCCACACAAGAGGGGGAUGAAAGUUAGAUUUGGAGAUUAACUGGGUUCUAUUCAGGAUACAUGUCAUUCACAAGAUUUCCCUUGUCCUUCUCCAGUUUCUUUACUCCUCCCUUUCUCUCUAUUAUGAGUAGAUCUGGUUGAAUAGAAAUAUGCAAAAAAAUUUUUUUUAUAAACUUAGUUAUGAAAAUUGAGCUGCUUUUGUAUUCUUGGUUACUUUUUUAAAGGGCCAGAUCCUGUUUCAAUCAGCCAAGCGCAACCUUGGUUUCAUUGAGGCUUUAAUGCAUCACCUUUGCCCCUUUAGAGACCUAAAGCAAUUUAUUCUUGCACUGGUGCUCAAGUUGGACAGGUGAGCUCAGGCAGCAUAGUCUGAGGCAUCUGGUGUAGGCUUCCUGGUCAUUCUAAACAUACACAUGGAAAGUGUGUUUACAUUUUCUUCCUCUCCAGGGAUUCACACAAGCAGAAUGGGCACCAGUUUCUGAACAGGGAAACCUGGUACGGCCCAUGCAGUGUCACCUAAGUUAUUGCUGAGCAGGAUGAGAGUAGGUUUCAGGUCAGCUUUCAAAGCACACAGUUAAGCAGGACGUUACAAUAAAACAAUCUGACCAACACACAAGAAGAAAUAACAAAUAUAUCCGAUCUUGAUCUGUUAAAAUUAGGAGCUGAUUAUGUGGAUCGCACCUUUGCUAUAUCGUCACUCAAAUGUUUAAAAGUAUUUUUAAAAGUGUUAAGCUGCUCUUGCAUUUUAGGUUUUCAGUUUGGAAAAGCAGCAGUUUAUGGUCAGGGAGUUGGGGUUGGGGGAUUGCACAAUCAAUUAACCAACCUAAGACUGGUCUUGACUUGCCACAUAAAAGUCAGCAAGUUGGUAGUCCCUCUGCCCCUUUCAAUAUUCUUUUUGGGCUAAUGUAGUAACACAACUGCCUGAAAAACACAAUUAGACGUUUUUGUUGCAUGAUUUCUUCUGAAAGGUGCAGAUGAUUCUAACACCACCAUGGAAAGAGUCUCCUCAUAGAUCAAGCCUGGCAAAUUCAAGUUCUCUUAUGUACGCACAUACUUGUCUACUGGCAUGGCCCUGGAGAAGCUCUCAGGACAAGGAAUAUAAUGACACAGUGGAUUUGCAGGUUUGCCCCCAUAUGAAUAACAUAACUUGCAUUGCCUUGACUAGGUUGUUGGGUGCUGUGUGGCUUGUGGAAAUCAACUGCCCCAGACUUUUGUACGUGGAACUGAGGGAGGAAAUCUUUGUGGGCAAAAAACAUGAGUUUAUUGAACAAAAUCUGUUUUAAGUAUGCCAUCACAAGUAAAGUAUGAUUACCGUUUGCCAUCACAGUUUUGCUGCUCUUCAAAAGAAUUUCCUAAUGCAAGUGAAGAGUGGCUUGUUUGUUAAGGCAAACAUAAAAACCAGACACACUUUCUAAGGUUUUGCAUAAACCAUGCUUCGAGACAGGACAAAAUAGCACUGAUAAACGUAGUAGUUAUUUAGAAGUAUAUUUUGUACUGGUUUGAAACAGCUAUCUAACUUCUACAAAGAUAGCUUAAUGCUAUAAGAUUGCCUCUUCAUCUUUUGUCUGUCUUACCCCGCAGACCCUGUGUUAAGAGUAAGAAUUCCCUAGGAGUAAGAAUUCCCCAGAGAAGUAGUCAGAGAGCGAAUCUAGGGAUCUAACCAUUCUAAUCACCCAAACUAAGCUACAAUUCAAAGAGUCUUUGGGUGGGGUGGGGUUAUACAAACCAGUAUAAAAGCAGUCAGAAUUUGAAGAUUACAUGUGCCCUAACUUCCAGCAUCCAGAUCUAUAGAACCACAAGCGCAUCAGUACUCUCAGAACUCUUUCCCCUCCCAUCCACCAUUCUUCCUUGUGCAGAACAGGAUGUCUGCUGAGGGAGAGCCGAGUGCCUGGCCAGAAUGUGGGAAAUGCUAGGUAUGAAGCCCUCUGCUGUGCCUGGGCAUAUCUGGAUCUGGUGGGUGCUACAUAGGCAAUCACAGGGGCUCAAUGUUAUAGAGUUUCCUUUCAUCACAGCUUCCUGUGUGGAAGAUUCCGGCACAUGUUGCCUUUACUGACUGCUCAUUUUUGCAGUGAGAUACAGAAUACAAUCUUAAUGUUUCAAACGUGACCAGUGUGAGAAUAAAUUGUACUAUAUGUGAUAUUCCUGAUGUCUUACAAAACCUGACUAAAGUUUACAGUUAAUAUAUAAUAAAAAGAGCAAAUGUCCUCCCCUGAGAAAUCAUUAUUCUAGAAUGUAAUUCUCUCUCUUUAACAAACAAAAAAAAAGCCCAAAGCCACACUCAAACAGUAUCUUGCUUUUAUGAAAUGUUUCAGUGCUUAUAAUAUUAUGGCUGAGCUUCUAUUCUGGAAACUUUAGCUCACAUUUUAUGGCCUUUUGUUUUUAAAUGUUAUGCUAAAAAUAAUCCUAAUUCAAAUUUUGGAUUUUGUUUAAAUUUAAAAAAACCCAACCUUUAAAAAAAUGUUGUAGAUGCUUAACAGUGUAAUCCAAACUAGACUCUCUGAAGGCAGAUAUUUGGAGGUGGGGGAGGAGAAAAGAUGUAAAUAGUCUAACACAUUUGGUGCAUGGUUGUUUAAACAGGGCUUGUUUUUGCCAAAAAAAGUGUUUUCUCCUCCCCCUGCCCCCCCCAACCACAGACCUUAGAGCUGUGCCUUUUCUAUGCAAUGUUACAGACAUAUACAUCUGAAACCAGAUUACUGUAUUCACUUGUAGGUAUGGGCUGUAAUAAAAAAAAGUUGGGCAAAUUACAUGGAAAUGAGCAGUCUUACUUUUGUAGUUUUAUAUUAUACAAUAAACAGUUCAAAAAGAAA